AUGCGAACGGAAACGGAAACGCUGCUAGGCCGUCAAGACCUGGUGCCGCGGGCGGCAGCAGGGGGGGCGGAGGAGGAGGAGGGGGAGGGAAGCGGGCGAACGGAAGGCCAGCAGGCCGCUCUGGCGCUGAUGCGGUUGCUGCUGCUGGUGGGGGUGCUCCUGCCGAGCGGACGCGGCAAUGGCGGAGCGGGAGUGAAGGGAGUGGUCGGGCUGACCAACGAGGGGAACUUCUGCUACCUGAACGCUAGCCUGCAGGCGCUCGCGAGGUGUGCUCCAUUCCGGGCGCACCUGGUGGAAUGCGUCCCUGGUCCUAGUGUCGCUGGGCGUCCGUGCCCGCUAGCCUUCGCCAUGUCCAAGCUCUAUUCGGAGAUGUGGUCGGACGAAGGCGGCGGCGGCGGUAGCGGCGGCGGCCGGCGGCGGGCAGAGACACCGGCGGAGGUUAUCCGCGCUCUCGUCAAGGGAAACCGCUGGUUCGCCGGCAACGGGCAGCACGACGCGCACGAGGCGCUGCGGUCGAUCUUGGACCUGCUGCACGAAGAGCUCAGACGCCCGGUGCCGGUGAGCUUCGAGCCCGGACACGCGGCCUUGACGGCGGCGAUGGCCGCCUCCUCGGCGGAGUCCGCGGCCGCCGCCGAUACCGCUGCCGCCGCCGCCGCCACCGGUCCGUCUACGGCCUCCCUCCUCGACGACCCGUCGCAGAAUCACCAUCCGUCCGCUCAGGCUUCCGCCGCGGCAACGGACGCGGGCACCGACAAGAACAAAAGGCCGAAGCAGGGAGGAAAGGCCACCCCGCCGGCCACGCCCGCGGACGGCGUGUGGAGCGCCAGCGGCGGGGACGGCGGCGGCAACGAGCGGUCGACCGAACGGGUAGCGUCUGGGGACGGAGCAACCGCUCAGCGCGAUGUAUACUGGCAAAGCGCCGCCGCGGAAACUUUCCAGGGGGUCCUCCUCGGCCGCAUCACCUGCCGCACCUGCGGCCGCCACUCCGACCACCCGGACCGCUUUUACGACCUCUCCGUCCCCCUCCUCGCCGCCUCCGCGGGCUCGGCCUCGGCGACGGCGGCCGGCGGGUGCAGCGCCGGGGCUUCCUCCGCCUUCACAGCGCCGGCGGCGGCGGCGGCGAUGAGAGGGGACCGUCACCACCACCAGGAGGAGGCGACGACGACGACGCUGGGAGGUCCCGGGGGGGGGGAGAUGACGCCGACGGUGGAGAGCCCGCGAGCGGAGUGGGAGCCGUCGGACGACCAGCACCACGGGAAGGCGUACGCGGCAGACCAAGCCCCGGGGGGGGGGGACCGCAGCUCGGACUGGGGAGGGUGGCGGCGGACGAGGGGGGGGUGGUGCUCGGCGACCCGAGACGACGACGACGGCCCCCACGAUCGAGAACACGAGGGUAGAGGGAGCGGUGGUGGUGGCGGUGGCGGUGGUGCCCCGGGGUACUUUGGGGGGCUGGUGUCUUCGCUGGGCGUGUGGCUGGGAUUCAAGAGCGUCGCCCUCGAGGACUGUUUGGAUGCCUUCUUCUCGCCGGAGCGGCUUCGCGGGGCUAACCAGUACCACUGCGAUGGCUGCGGUUGCAAGAAAGAAGCAGACAAAUCGACGAGUCUCCUACACGCGCCCGAGAUCUUGAUGCUGCACGUUAAGAGAUUUCGCCGCGGCUACCUCUGGAGCCACAAAGUGCAUAACAGGGUAGUCUUCCCGUUGCACGACUUGGACGUGAGCCGGUGGCUCUCGGACCACGCCCUAGAGUCUUCGGUCAACCAGCAGCGCGCGUCCGGUACCAGCGGCGGGGACGCCCACCGCAAGUCCUCCGUCAGGCGCGGCUCCGCCAGCCCGGACGGCGGGGGCUACUACGGCGGCGGCUCGGCCACGGCGGCGGCGGCGGCGGCCGCGGAGAGCGUGGCCGCGGCGUUCUCGCCGUCCUCGCCGGCGCCCGUGCUGUACGACCUGGUGGGGCUGGUGGAGCACACGGGGGGGCUGGAGCACGGGCACUACACCAGCUACACUCGGGAUGAUGGCUCAGCGACCUGGUACCACUUCAACGACACCAUCACGACCAAGGUCUCCCAGGAUACGGUCUCCUCCGCAAGCCCGUACAUCCUCGUCUACCGGCGCAAGCGGCCCAGCUCGUCGUGGGGCCCGGGGACCCAAGCCCAGUCCAUGAGGCCGGGAGCGGCGCCGGCGGUAGCGGCGGCGACGGCGGCGGCGGCGACGGCCUCCCUGCUAGCGUCCGUCGGCAUCGGCCCCGCGGCGGAGGAGGCGCGCGACGUCCGCAGCAGGGUGGACAUCAUGGCGCGGGAGAUGGCCAAGGCGGCCGGCGGGGGGCACCGCCCCCCGAGUAUGAACGCGGCAACCAACGGCUCUACGCCCGGGGCGGCGGCGGCAGUAGGAGGGACGAUUGGGGCGGAGGCCGUCGGAGAGCCCCAGCCGAGGUUGUCCAUAGGAGGCGGCGGCGGCGGCGGCGGCGGCGUGAGCGAUACGGAUGGGGAGGGAGGCGGGGGGGCCGGGCGACGGGCUAGCGUUACUCGACGGCGAAAGGGCCGGGGCCGACGGCCGGGGUCCGAGUCGGAGAGCGAGGGGGGCACCGGGGGCUCGAACUCGGCUACGAAGGAGAUGGUUGCCGUCCCGCGGGGGGUCCACAGGUCCCUGGUAAACCGGUACGGUCCGCGUACCCCCGCGGUGGUGGCGGGGAAGCCCUCGCCGCUGGACGCUACGACGGGCGGGGUGAAGGUGGCGGUGGCGCCGGGGGAGUCGGCGGACAGGAUCAGCGUCGGGCGGGGGAGGGGGCGGGGGCAGGGCAUGGCCCUGGUGGGGUCGUCGCGUCCGCUGCUGGAGCUGACCUCUUGCACCGCGUGCGCGGCGCUGGAGGAAGAGAGGGCUCUGCUCAAGAGCGCCGAGCAGAAAGAGGGGUUGGGGGGUAAAGGUUUUAAGGGUUAGGGCCAGGCACAAUUUUGGGCCCCCCCCCCCCCCCCCCCCCCUUCGUAUGGGGUUGGUGGUGGUUGUGCUAGCGCGAGGUGGAAAUGAUGCUUUUGAGCGUGGAAAUCAUUUUGAAAGUGUUGGUACCUGGUCGCAAUCGUACAAGUAUUGGCACGAAGUCGUGGGUUUGGUGCAAGGGCGGGCGGUGGUUCGGCAUGGUCUCCAGGUUGUUGUGGUGUUGAUUUGUCCCCUACAGAAACGUGAUAGACUACACCGAGGAAUUGUUUUAGCGGCAAGGACGGGUGCAGGUAGUUCUUCUUUCGGUUUGGUGGUAUAUGUACGCUGUGCUCUUGCCCGCCUGUUUGUUGUACGCUUACUACUGUGUAUGCCGUACACCUUUGGGGUGUACUCCACACCGCCCUUGUUGUGUGCGACGGCGGCGAGUGUUUGCUUGUAGCCAAGAUAAUAUAUCAAUGAGACGAAAGAACAACAAUGGGUGGCGGGUGGUACUGUUGAUAUUGUGUCUGUUUUGUAUUUUGUGUAAAUGUUAAGCUCCCGGGUGAAGCAAUAUGGGUCGGGUUGACACAAGUUGUUCUCUUCUAGUGGUUGGUUGGCUUUGUAGUAUAGUGUUUACAUACGUGUUGCGGGGACGGGAGAGUGUGGAGGAAGCAUGGGGGGUAUGGGAAAUAUGGCAGCAGUUGUCGAGUUGGUAGGCUCGUGAAGUACAGUAUACUCUCAGAGCGGAUUAGCAUGUGAUCGAGACUUGGACUGUUUGCAAUCGGCUGUAGACUUAGGAGCCACUUUUCCGGGCAAGGGACAUUCUGUUGGAUUAGAUGCCCGCUCGUUGUUGUUUCCCCUUCUUUCCCCUCCACCUGGUCCACCCAACCAGUUCCCCUUCUCACAAAGAAGGGUAGAAUACAAUGCUGAAUAUUGAAUCCCAAUUGUUUCGAGCGUGCCGGCAAACAAACGGACUCCUCUCUGAUUUGCGCCUGUUUGUUAUUUUAGUAUCUGUAUCUUGGUGCUGUAGACCAGCUGGGAAGUGGUACUAGCCAGUAGUUUACUCGUUGCUUUGUUGACUGGGUGCCAGCCCGUGGUGCAAGCAAAGCCUGCCUUCCUCCGAAAGUGGUAGAUAAUGGCUUCGUCGGCUUCGUGCAAGUAUGUAAUUUUUUUGUUUUUCGUCGCUCGCGCUUCAAAAUGUGUGGGAUACAGUAUGUCUAUCUGUCUAUGUGACGGCUCUUCUUAUCUGGUGUCUUUGAACGAAGUUUUUGUUUGUCACCGUGGUUCUGUUGCGACCGCUUGCUUCUUUCUCCGCUUGUUGCGUCGGCGACGGCUUCCUCGCGUUGCGCUUGCUUGUUCCUCGUGGUGUUCUCUUCUUGGUUACAAAUCGUUAUCUUGUUUUCUAUCCUUCUUACCUGUUCUGGGACUGUACGUAUGUUUUGUCAUCAUUAGGAAAACAUUAAUAAUGCUAAUUUUUUUUCUUC